GCCGGAAGUACUUUUCGGAUGUAAACAUGGCUGAACAGAGGAGGGUGUCAUUCACCAGAUAACUGCCGAACUUUUGGACAUAUACGAUGGUGAAGGGUGUUCUAUCAUGGAGAUAAAAAAGUACAGGAAACCUUUCUGCUAGAGUUGGUGCACUAUUGUUGUAACCAUGACAACUAAACGACCGUCAUUAAAGGAAAGAGCCUUUGAGAAGCUUGGUUUUAGUCCAAGGUUUCGCAGUAAUACUGAAUCUUCAACUGGUGAUGAUAACUCCAAGACUACCUGGUAUACACACUCCAUGGAGCUUGACCCUGACAGUGAGACUGAGGUCACAGACAGCUCAGGGGCAUGUAACUCGGGCCCAAUGUCUGCUUGUUCCAAUGGAGAAAACAUGAACACUGCAGUUCAGAAAGUACCUGACAAAAAACCUAAGAAAGUAACACCUGAUGGAGCUAAUGAGUACACUGUCAAAGACACAGAUUCCUUAGAGAGCAUUGCAGCGUUCUUCGACACAACUCCUUCUGAGCUGAGAAAACUCAACCGCUUAACAAGUCGCCUGAUUUUUCCAGGAAAGGUGCUGUAUGUACCAAAACCAGAGGAAGUAAUAGAGGAAGUGAAGCCACUGCCAUCCUCGCCAAAGAAGGCAACUACUGCAGACAUAAUGAACCACCGACCAUGUAUGGACAUUCCUUUGGUGAAGAUGGCCGACAAGCCCCCAGCCAAGAUUCCAGGCCACAUUGAGCGCCAGACCUCGACAACAUCUCCCGGCCAGGACAGCUCACUGCAGAAACUGUCUGAAUACGAGGCCAAGCAGCUCGACCAGGAUUGUCACGAACGCUUCAUCAAGGUCUGCGUGAAACACAUCACAGAUGGGCAGGGUGUGGUCAGUGGGGUGCUCCUGGUAACCCCUAAUGCUGUCAUGUUUGACCCCAAUGUGUCCGACCCGUUGGUGUUAGAACACGGUGCUGAACGUUACGGUGUUAUAGCCCCCAUGGAUAUGAUUGUCAGUGCUGCUAUGUACCAUGACAUUGCUGCAAUGAGCAUUCACGGAGAAAAAGGCAGUGUUACAAAGGAUGCACCGAAGCCCGAAAUAUACCAUGACCGGAGCUGUCCGCUCUACAAGUCGUGGGUCGAAGGUCAUGCUGAGCUGAUGAAACAGGACCCUCAGGCCUACGAAGCAAAGAUCCGUACACCAAGUCGCAGUGCAACCAUCAACAGUGAAAUGUCAGAUACUGGAAGUCUGUGUUCAUGUGGACAGGGAGCGAAUGCUCCGGGACUUUCCCCUGCUGGUCAGAGUGGGCCGGGGAUCUCUCCUGUUGGUCAGAGUGGGCCAGGUCUGUCUCCUGGCAGUCAACGACAUGCAGGUCUGUCGCCAGGUCAUAGUGAGGCUGGUCUCUCUCCCGUCGGUCAAACCAGACCUGGUGUAUCACCUUUCAAUCAAAGACUCUCACCUAGUACUGACAAACCUGUUAACAAGGAGUCUGAGGAGGAUGUCAUGUUGAUAGAUUUAGACAUGAAGGAUGUGUCUGACAGUGCUACCCAGGAGACUUCAGCUAAAUCAAACGAAGAGAAAGGCAGAAGCACAUCUAUGGACGAGUUCGGAGAGUUCAUUAGUGCAGAUCCAAAUGAAACCAACCAAUCGGAGAGUGAACAUUUGUCACAUGAUGAGAAAGGUGACACUCAACUUUCAAACCAAACUGCCGGUGUUAAUGAAGAGGACACCAAUGAUGUAUCACAACAUUCAAAUCUAUCCCUGUCAAGGGGUGGUAAUUCUGACAGCGAAAGACUACCUGCUUCCAAUCAGGAAUUAGUGGCUGGAAGUAGCGACGAUGCAAAUUCUUUUCACCUUGAAAACACUAUGGCUGUGGAGCGGGUGUUAUCAGCACAAAGUGCCGUGAUUUCAGAAAACGAUGGAAAUAAUGAAAAUGAUUCCACAAUGGAACAGAUUGGCAACAUUGUGUAUCUCCCAGUGUCUGAGGGCCAACAAGGAGCAAUAAGUCUGAGUGAUGUGGAAACAGCACAGGAUAGACUCAGUAAGAUUAGUGUGGGCAAGUUCGAACAGGAGGAUAAGCCUGUCUCUGAUCCAAUGGAUGUUCCUGGUUCAAACAGAAUGUCAACAGGCGACCCAAGGCAGUCAAGUUCGUUUGGAUCUUUCAACGUAUCUCCACAUUUGAGUGCAUUUGUCAAUUAUGCAACUGGACUUUUUAAAACUAAUGCAGAGGUCAAGGACAUAUGUGAGGCCAUGUCUGAAUUGGAAGUGCAGGGAGAGGAUGGAAUUGUCGACAUAGCACAAACAGAAAAUAACAUUCAUAAGAACACGGUGAAAUCAGGAUUGGAAGUUGAAAAUGCAAUAAAGCUGACAGAUAAACCUACACUGUUCCAGUCUUUUGAUGGCAUUGAACUGAUUCCAAAACCGGCAGCAACCUUUGACGACCUCCCCUUGUAUCUGUGUCUCCGACUCGGCAUGCCUAUCAACAAGGAAAUCUCACAGACGUGCCCCAUACAGGCCUACGGCAAGGGUCGCAAAAAGCCGGAGUACUGGUUCUCUAUACCCCGCGAAAAGGUAGAUCACCUUUACGCAUUUUUUGUGCAAUGGACACCACAGAUUUAUGGAGGAGAGGAUGACAUUGCUGAGAAGCGAGGAUUCAUUGUCCUUAAUGACGAGGAAGAUGAAGAGGAGGAAAAGUUGGAGAUGAUGGACGAGUACUUCAGUAACGGGAUGUUGCAGAAGGAUUGGGAGAUUAUCAGUGCUGAUGAGAUGGUAAAUAGGAAAAAGUUGACAUGUGAACCAGAAGUUUUGCCCGAACUUAUAGGCCAGUCCAAGAUUAUGGAGGAAAAACACAUCUAUAUGUUGAAUCGUGUGUUACCCCCGCGGACGAUUGGUUACCCAUGGAUGAUGGUUUACAGUACAGAGCAACAUGGCUUCAGUCUGCGUACGCUAUACAGAGGCAUGCAGGGGAUCGACAGUCCCAUCUUACUGGUGGUACACGACACCUCAGAUAAUAUAUUCGGAGCGGUGACAUCACAGGCCCUGAAGAUGAGCGACCACUUCUACGGAACUGGUGAAUCCUUCAUGUACACCUUCUAUCCUGAAUUCAAGGUCUUCCAUUGGACGGGGGAUAAUGACUUCUUCCUGAAAGGCAAUGCAGAAAGUCUUUUCAUUGGAGCAGGACAAGGGAACUUUGGCCUUUGGUUUGAUGGAGAUAUUUACCACGGAAGAACUCAGCAUUGUGAGACAUAUGAUAAUGACAUCUUGACGGGUUCAGAAGAUUUUGUUGUCAAGACGUUAGAAGCAUGGGCAUUCUUUUCUGACUAGUAAAACAAGCCGCGCACUGAACCUCAUACCUGGUUCUUCUGUGUAAAAACAAGCUCUGCACUGAAAUCCUUGCUGGUAAAAGUGAACCUGGGUCAAAAGACUCCUUCAGCCCUGGAAAGUGUUGUGUAAUUCUAUCAGCAAAGACAAUUCUACAUUAAUUGUUCAUUUGGUCGAACAGAUGUAUAUAAAAGUACACACUAACAAAUUACACAGAGGAAUAUGAAAAAAAUGAAAUGUUUUUAGGGCCAGUUACUGGCCCUUUUCGUGUUUCCUUGGUCUUACCCUUGGAGAUGUAGGCCCUAGAUUGUGUCUAGCUGAAGGUGAGAUGCUAGAGGGUCUGGGGGCAUACAAUACAUUAGUCUUUACUUAUAGUAGAGUAAGUGUACAGCAGUAAAACAUUAGCUCUAGGGAGCUAUUGAUCCAACUACAACCUAAAUGCUGCCACUUCAAAACACAAGUUAGCUUAAAAAUUUUAAAUGGUGCAUUAUGGGUGUAUUUUAAUAGUCCUUCAACCUAAAGUUUUAUUGUGAGCGGUUGUUGGAUGACAUCCCAAACUGACACACAACAGGGAUAUUGAUGAUUAAAUUAAACAGUUAUCAGGUAGAAAAACACGCACUUUCUUAAGUUAAUAGAGAAAUGAUUUCAUCCCAGAAAUAACUCCUAGCAUAGUAAGUGUUAAUUAGAAAAGGAAAUACCCAAUUAUAGGUAUGUAACACGUUCCUCAGUUACAAACAGGAGUCUAGCUUACACCUAAACAAUGUUCAAUUCAUUACAGGAAAAGAACCCAAUUCCCAGUGUUCAAUCGUUUUUGAUAUUAUCAUCAUUAUGCUUAAGAUAUACUUUUACACAGCAUUACAGUAACCAGCUGGCUAGUCACAAAUACACAUAUAGGACUUGUCAUAGAGCCGUAGGCUUGUCUGUAUAUACAUAGGACUUGUUUUGUUUACUGUGUAAAGCCCUAGAUUUUUACGUGAUGAAACAAAUGAUGUUCGACAGUUCAGUGAUUGGAUGUUCUAUAGAGAUGUCUAGUUUAGUGGGACACAGCCUUUCACUUCACCAACUUAACAGUGACACCAGGAGCCCUCCAGACCCACACAACCCAUAGUUGUUAAAGUAUAAAAUGUCUCCUAUAUAUGUUUACAAAAUACAAACGAUGUAUGUAGUCGACAAGACUUCUGAUUGUGUACGACUUUUUUAUGAUAUUAAUGUUUUAACUCAUUCACCCCUGAAAAUACAUUUGAACUGUUCCAAUUCAAAAGUUGGAAUAGUUUAUUAAGAAGUUUCAGGGCGGGGAUGAGUUAAUUAUGUUAAAGGGGAGAUAACUCUGUUUACACCUGGAGGUGAAAUGUCAGUAUAACUCAACCACUUGGCAUCAUUUGUCAGCACGAUACAUUUCAGAUGUAGGUCAGUGUCUAGCGAGGGUUACAUAAAAUGUAUAUAUAGCUUGACCCAACAAAAACCUAUCAUUAGGUAGCCUUCAAUGACAGAUUAUUGGCAAUAAUCAUUGAGACUGGAAAUUUCCACGAUAGGUAUAGAGAAUCUGAGAUAUGAUGGAUCUCAGGGGAACUGAUGUAUACUGUACUGGAAGCAUUUUAAUUAUUGCAAUAUGAUUCCCAAAUCAGUAAAGCAACAUGAUGGCUGGAUGUAUGUGGGUUGGAAAGGAAACAAAUUGUCUCUACUGUAAUUUACAUGUACUAAUAAUACAAUUUAUGGUGUAAAUAUGGAGACGUCCUAGAUAUAUGUCUGUGUAAAUACUUAAUGUGAACUGAUUGUACACUUUAUGUGUGUACCUGUAGCCAUGUCCUAGAUGUGUGUAAAUAGUUGAUGUGUACCGACUGUACACACAUGUAUCUAUAUAUAAGUGUGUGUGUGUGGACAUUGUAUUGAGAUGUAUAUUAUAUUAAUAAUCAUUCCACAUCUGUUACUGUUUGUUAAGUAGUUGCCAACACGAAUUUAGAUAAUUGAACACUGUAUGUAUGCUUUAUAUACACUGCAUUUACACUGAAUGUAUACUUUAUGGACAAUGAAUGUGUACUUCAUGAACAUUGAAUGUAUAAACUUAUGCAUGCUAAAAGUAUACUUUAUGUACACUGAAUACACUAAAAUAACCCUGAAUGUAUACUUUAAUUACACUGAGAAUGUACACUUCAAUUAUACUGAAUGUGUAUACCGUAUACAUGUUUAUAUGCUGAAAUAUACUGUUUAUGCACACUGAUUGUAUACUCUGGUUACACUGAUUGUGUACUGUAUGUAUGCUGAAGUAUACUUUAUGCACACUGAUUGUAUACUCUGGUUACACUGAAUGUGUACUGUAUGUAUGCUGAAGUAUACUUUAUGUACACUGAAUAUGUACUUUAUGUAUGCUGAAUGUGUAGUGUAUGUCUGCUGAAGUACACUGUAUGUACAAUGGAUGCAUACUUUAUAUAUGAUGAAUGUAUACAUGUAAACACUUUCUGUACAGAGAAUGCACAUUGAUAUCUAUGUUUCUUUCUAAAUAUAUUAUGAUAUAAAUAGAGAAUGUAUGUUAUGUGCUAUUCUAGAAUAAAAAUAUGUGCUUAUAUAGGCUUUACAUAGGGAAAUGUAUUGUGACUGUUAGCCCUCUGACAGUAACAUUGGAACAUGUUUUUAUAUUUAAUCAUUGUUGUUCCUUAAAUUAAUAGUGAAUUGAUGUUCAAGACCCUUGUAUUGUUUUAAAUGUCCAAGUAUUUAUACCCAUUCAUGUGAAACAGUUUUAAAUUGUUUCCUUUAUUUGAAUAUGAUUAGAAUUCUACACGUCACUACCUUACAUGAAAUGUAAGAUAUCGAUAUAGAUUUGUUAUAAAUUAAUAUACAAGUCUACACAUUUGAAUAAGUGAUAACCGCUUAACCAAUGAAACCUGUCUUUGAGUGAAUAUCCUGCUAGUGAUUAUUUAUAUCCUACACAAUGUAGGCCUUUUUACCUACAUUGUAACUACAGUGUACCUACAUUGUAACUACAGUGUAACUACAGUGUACCUACAUUGUAACUACAGUGUACCUACAUUGUAACUAGUGUACCUACAUUGUAACUACAGUGUAUGCUAAAUCGCUCCUUUGAGGCUUUCUCAAUGGAAAAUAACCUAUUUCACCAAAUUACAUACAUUUUAAAACAUGUUUUCUGUAGUUUGUUCAUACUUAAGACAUAAAAAGAAUAUAAGUAAGGAUAAAAAGCAUGCUAAAAUGUUCCCUGCUCAAGAAACCUACAUGUAGCUAUUUAAAAAUAAAGGAUCUUACCUGGUACAUUUUAAUUUCUUAUUAUCGGAUACCUGGUACAUUGUUGAUAAAAUUUCCAAAUUUUUAAGCCCGACCCUUUACCUGAGAUAGGUAGAAAACAGUCUCCUCUAACAUUGUAAGAAAAUAGAUAUGUAGUAUUUUGUACUGGGCCAAUUUAAGACUUUCCAACUUGAUGACACACCAGGUAUAUUAUGUAACAGAAGAGUGAGUACACACCUUACAGGGGAGAGGCUAGAAAAGGAUGUUAACAUUUCACAGCUACAGAAUGACCAAAAUGUGUUAUAGACCUUGUACUGUAUUUUACCUUUAAUUACCCAAAGUAUAAGUUGUACACAAUAUUUGUAUAAAUGUGUAUCCUUUCUAUAUUCGAUCUUUGUUAAAAUGGCAUAAAAACUGUUUACUCUCCAACACUUUUAAAAGGAAACAAACUUUCUUUUGGGCCUUAUAUUUAAAAUAACAAAGUCUAUGUUAGUUCUGUUUAAGGGUUUACGAAUAAACUUUUUCCAUCAAUGUCUGUGGCUCAACUCUGUUGCUCCGUCAAAUCCUUGCAUAUUUGAUGAAGUUGCUGUGAUAUAUCUGAUAGCUUCUGAAAGAUCAUUUUGAAAGAAAUUAUUUAAAUUUAAUAAAAAACAACAUAUUACAGACAAUAUAUAUAUAUAAUAAAUUUUAUUCCUUCAUCAUGAUUUAAUUGCUUUCAGCCAUCAUUCUCCAUGUAAGCUAUAGUGCAGCCUACACAUCCAGUUCCUUGUUAUACCAAACGUCUCGUUAGGAAUGAAGUGUUGACCAUUGUGUUAGCCUGUUGUAUCCCUGCUACAUUGGUUAAUGAAAUUAGAUGAGUAAGGCCAUAUUGGAAUGUUAAGAUAAUCUUGAGUCAAUUUUGAUGUAAUAAUGUAGAAUGUCAAAAAUUAAUUUCUAUGUGAUGGCAAAGAAAUUUGUGAUUUCUGAAAAUGGUUCUUAAAAUUGUGUUCACAAGACUUAAUUUUUCAUGCUUAAAAGUGCUUAGAAUGAACAAAUAGAUUAUCAACUCAUACAAAAAUAGUAUCCAGUAUGGGUUAGCUAUUUUCACUUUAAAUGCAAAGCGUCUAGCAACAUAACAGUAUGUAGCUAUAGAUUGACCUAAUAUGUAUCGCCAUGGUUACUGUUGGUAUAUGUGAUGUAUGUCGUCGUGAUGUUGUCUGAUUGAUGUUCCCUGUAUUAGUGACCAGCUAGAGGUACAAUGUAGCCCCAUCAGACUCCAUUCAUCUAUUCCAACAUUUACACUACACCUUCGUCGAUCCAGACUAUAACUUCUACUUUCACAGUGAAAACAGUUUCAUGUUUUUAGAAUAACCAGUUUUCCACAUUACUGAAGCAGGAUUUGUCGCCUAAAAGUUCAUUCAUUUGUUUUAAUUAAAUGAUAGUAAGCCUGGUUUAAUGGAUUAGCAAGGUUCUGAUACAUAUAAUUUAAAUAAUAAUAAUGUUUGAUAAUACAAAUAACUAAUUAUUCAAAACUAUUUGCCUCAUGAUUGCCAUGUUCUUCAGUGAAAACACUAAUGAAUUAUUUUUGGUAUGAACUAAUAUGAUAUGGCCAUUGUGAUGUCAUAAAAUGAUACAGAAAUUAUGUCAUAGGGCUUUAACCCUGUCACCACCGUAGACCGUAAUGGACUCGUCCAUAUCAAUGCAUGGUAAUGUCUAUUAAAGUUACAUAGGGGUGAAAGGGUUAAGCUUAUGACAUCUCACUGGAGACAACUGAUAUGGCACCAAAAUGGCAAAAUUCAAAUUCAAAAAUUCUUUUUUCUGCGAUAUUUGCAUAGAUUAUUGAUAUUUUCAUAAAGAUGAUCUUAAAAUUGUUUCCAUUUUGUAUGAUAUUUAUGAAGCAUCUUAUAAAAUUUAGCAGAAUGCUGACUAAAAUGAAAACGUUUCGGACUCGAUCCAAGUAUAAUGAUUUCAUGUCUCAUUUAUUGAAAUGAAUAUUUUCCUUUAGAUUAUAAUUAUAUAAUAUGAAAGUCUAAUAUUUGGGGAAGUAGUCGAACUCAAAUUACUACAGUACCAGGUAUAGUUAAAACACAAGAUUUUAAUUUCAAAUUUUUGUUUAGAAUGCAAAUGAGUUUCAUUAGUACAUACAACUUGUACAUUGUAUGCAGGCCAUAAAAUGCAUUAUUUUUCUUCUAGUCAUUAAAGUUUUUAAAUUAUUAAUUAAGCCUUCAUCAGUGUAAAAUGGACACUGAAUUGCAGCCGUCAUCAUAUGAUCAUUUCAAUAUGAUGGAAUUUUGGGCAUGUCAUUUCAUUACAAAAAUGUCUUGUUCAAUUUUUAAAAUUUUCUGAACAACAGUUUUUUAUAGAAAAAUCCAAAUUAUGAAAGAAUUCUAAAGGAAAUGUUACAUGUGAUGUGACCACUAUUACUCCUUCCCAAUAACAGCCCCAGACUUCCAUGAUCUCAGGGGUCGAGAUGGUUGAUCUUGGUAGGAGAUAAAGAAAUGGCCAUUUUACCCUCUUUUUUCAUGUAAUACACGCUGUCAAUAGUUUCAGCAUGUGCUUGGCAGAUAAAGCACAUGUCAGGAAUAAAUAUACAUAGCCUAUGUUUAGCUUGUGUCAUUGCAUACGUAAUGUAAAUGUACAUAUUUUGGCCGUAUUCUAAUUAAGUGCUUUUCAUGCUUUUGACUCUGUGCUAAUUGAAGUUUCUUUCUAUAGUUUCUUGUAACUUAUUUUGUGAGUGCACCAAUAUUUCAUCAACAUGCUAAUCUGUCAAAAUUAAUUAAAAUGCUGAAAUUUGAGCCCGCUAAGAUAAGUGCUUGUACAGUAUGUGAACUGACCCAUACAUCACAGCCAAGUAUAUGUAUAUGAUAAAUAUUCAUGAUUUCCUAACAAAAAGUACACAUUGACUGGUUAAUAUUCACUAAGAUAUGUUGUUUGUAAACAUGUAUUCAACUUGUUUCUGCCUUAUUUUGAAUAUUAUUUUUUUAGCUGGUAUUCCUGUUUUCUACCUAAUGAUGAAUUAAUUAACUUUUAUGAUUUCCAGAAAGUUGUGAUAUUUUGCCACCAUGCCAAAUACUUGUUGGAAUAGAGUUUGGUUUUGUGAUAUUUCCCUUCACUUCUUCAUUAUGUACAUCUGAAAUAUAUUCUUACCAGUAAUAAUAAGUCGUGGCAAAAUUAAAUGAAAGUGGUUUUUUGCAGAUAUUACUGCACAAAAGAUGCAGAGAAUAAUGCUGAUGUUUCUUGAAUAAUCAAGUUGAUUUAAGUGUUCACAAGUUAAUAUAAUUGCAUAAAUGUUUAUGAUCAAAUAAACCUCUUAUAGUCUCGUUAAAUGGUGGUUGUCGCUGGAUGUUGGACACCGUUUCACAUCAGUAACUGUUGGAUGGUAUAAACAUACAUGUAGCCAAGUUAAAUUGAUGUUUCAGGAAUCAAUGAUCAAGUUACUGCACAGACUGAAAUAUUUACUGAAAUUUUGUAUCACCAGUAUAAACAUUUAUCUGGAUUCGGACUUUGAAAUUUAAAUGUUGACACACAUGUAUUUUUGUGUCAGUAUAAAUAAUAAUGUUAAAUUAAUCUUGAAAAUAAAAUAAAGGUAAUAAUCGUAAAAGAUAGCAGAAGGUUGGAGUGCCCUUAUUAGGGCAAACACGUGUAUUAGAAUUUCCAUUCCAUAUAGAUUUUACAAAAUAUUGCAAAACUGUUGUUUCGAUAAAAGUUGCUGGUAGUAUAUCAAGCUUUAGAUGUGCCGUCACUGUCACAAAAGUAUGAAUGAAGUGUAGAAUAUGUUUUGUUUAACCAUGUGAUAUAUCGGUGUUAUAUAGUGCUGUUAGCUUCAACAGCUGUUAGACUAUGUGGACUAAAAUGUUGGAAAUGAAGGUCACACGAUUGCUGACUGAUGUUGGUUUAAAUAUUGUUUAAUAAAUAUUGGCAAACCA